AUGACCACUGCACAUCUGGACGUUUUGAGUAAGAACCACCUGCAAGAACGGACCGCUUUGAUUCCGAUGCCUCCCACAGUCAUGUCCGACGACGACGACAUAGCGCUUAUCACCACCCGUUCCAGACGCACGAUCAUACCUUCUUCUCGCCUCGUUGAUUCAAACAACAGCGCGACUCCGGAACUCACCAGUCACAAACAUAUUCAACAAACAGUCCAGCCAGCAAAGACAUGUCCCAAGCGCAGUGCAAUGGAUGCUGACUGGAGUCUGAGUUCUUCAGAUGUCGAAGAUUUAGAUGGCAACAGCAAGCAAACGAAAGGUAAACGCCUUCGACGAUCAGGCGAGUCAUCAUUCACAGAUGACACACAUUCUAUCGUGUCAUUAGAUUCCCGCAUAGAGAAUUGA